GGCGGUUUCAUGCUUUAUGUGGACGGGAAACCCUGCCAAACACUAUCGCCCGACCACCUUUUCGCCCUGAUACGCACUAGAUCUAUCUGUGGCUCGACCCUGACGGCAAAGCAGAUCCGCGACCGGAGCAAAGGGAAUAUAAUAUCAAAGGGGUUGAUCCUCAUUCAGGGAUUUUGGUUUAUUCUGCAGCUCCUCUCCCGCACCAUCUAUCAGCUCGAGACCACACAGUUUGAGAUGUGAUGCACGUCGUACUUUUUUGAUCAUAUCCAAAGAUGCAGGUUGUCACUGGGCAAACAUGUAUUGCCGUCGUAUCACGGGAAGGUAUUGCGACUCGGGUCGUGGACACAGGUGUCACAGAUAGAGAGAAGAAGCGAAAGCAGCCUUGGUGCUGCUCAGGGACGUUCUCGCGGGAGAUGUCAAACUGGAGCAG